AUGAACAGAGUGCUCAGAAGUUGGUGGUGCAGGAGACAAACAUACAUCGAGCGUUAUGUAGUAGUGAAACUGCUUCAAACAAACGGCGAACAAAGAUAUCGAUGCCACAAAGUGAUUCUGUACACAUCUAAAUGGAAACAGUCAAUAGGUUCAACAGGAUAUAAACACUUUCUCCAGAUCAAGAUUGUUAGUCACAUUUUCAACGAACUCAGAACUGGAUAUGAAUUGAAGUCAAUUGAACCCCACUACAACUUACAGAGGAAAUCGCACUACCAUGAAUUUUCCAAGUGA